CUUUACCGCACGAGGCUCCGGAGAUGUUCGGCGUGUGUGUGUGAGAUUCCGGCACAUGGAGCUCUGUAGAGCGGAACAUCCUCCGACUGUCAGCGGCUUUUCAGGCUCCAACCGCAGAGGGACGUCCAGCUGCAGCGCCGCACACCGAGCCCCUGCUGGACAAAGCCUCCGCUCGGACAACAAGCCCCAGGAUGGGCACAAAGCGCGAGGCAGUGCGGGGAAACGUGCGGGUUUCCACACAGAAGAGCGGAGAAAGCGCGGGGAUGAUCCACGGAUAAAGUGCGCUUGUGAUAACGGAGUGUUCUUCCCAGAGACAGAGAGAGAAAGUUGAAGAGAGAGAAAGAAGAGACGCUGCUGAGGGAGACGCUGUUUACAGCUGCUGUAGUUGAGUGAAAGCGGCGAUGGGGAUCGAGGAUCUGAGCGUGAGGAACGGACGCGCGGUGUCGGACCGGUGGGCCGACAGCGUGGUGGUGCGACCCCGGACCCCCGAGCGCCACGUCACCGUGCACAAGAGGCUCGUGCUGGCCUUCGCCGUCUCCAUCCUCACGCUCGUGGUGGUGACGGCCGUCGCCGUGACGCUGGCCCUCGGCUUCGAGAAAUGCGGCGGCGGCGGCGAGGACGCGGUUCCGCCCGGUACCGGCUCCAACCGGUCGCGAGACAGAAGUGGCGAACAGAAAGGCGGAGACGUGCAGCCGUGGCGGCGUUCGCGCUUACCGUCGGCACUGCGGCCGCGCCACUACGACCUCCGGCUCUCCGUCUACAUGCACAACUUCACCUUCUCCGGGGAGGUGAGCAUCGAGCUCCAGUGUGUGAACGCCACCAAGUUCAUCGUGCUGCACGCCGACAGCCUGCACGUGGAGAAGGUGGCCGUGUACUCGGACGGUAAGAGACCCGGCGCCAUGAGGAUCCACCGCCACUUCCGGUACCCGCACAACCAGGUGUACGUCGUCGCUCUGCACCGGGAAAUGAAGCCGCUCAGAACGUAUAAGAUCAACAUGACCUUCCAGGCCCAGAUCCAGAACCAGCUGCUGGGGUUCUUCCGGACCUCCUACGUGCUGCACGGAGAGAGAAGGUACGCGGCCGUGACUCAGUUCUCUCCGACUCACGCCAGGAAAGCGUUCCCGUGUUUCGACGAGCCCGUCUACAAAGCCACCUUCAGCGUGACACUGAGGCACGACGCCUCCUACCGGUCCAUCUCCAACAUGCCCAUCGAGUCGUCCGGCCUGGACGAGGACGGCCGGCUCGCCAAUCGGUUCUCCAGGACGCCUCGCAUGUCCACUUAUUACGUGUCCUGGGCCGUGUGUGACUUCGGCUCCCGGGAGACGACGACACGCGGCGGGGUGACGAUACGACUGUUUGCUCGGCUCGAUGCCAUUCAGAGCGGAUCGGGAGAUUACGCCCUGCACAUCACCAAGAGCCUCCUCGACUUCUAUCAGGAUUACUUCAGAGUCACAUACCCCCUGCCCAAACUAGAUCUCCUAGCUGUGCCGAAACACCCGUAUGCGGCGAUGGAGAACUGGGGCCUGAGUGUGUUUGUUGAGCAGAAAAUACUGCUGGAUCCUGAAGUCUCGUCUUUCUCCUACCAGAUGGAUCUCACCAUGGUGGUGGUGCAUGAGAUCUGUCAUCAGUGGUUCGGAGACCUGGUCACUCCAGUGUGGUGGGAUGACGUGUGGAUUAAAGAGGGAUUUGCUCAUUACUUCGAGUACGUGGGGAGCGACUUCCUCUUCCCAAAAUGGAACAUGAAACAGAGGUUCCUGACCGACGUUCUUCAUGAAGUCAUGCUGCUGGACGGUAUGGCGACGUCUCAUCCCGUCUCACAGGAGCUUUUCCACGUCGCCGACAUCCACCGAGUUUUCGACUGGAUCUCCUACAAAAAGGGAGCUGCACUGAUUCGCAUGUUGGCCAACGUCAUGGGACAAACCGCGUUUCAGAGAGGCAUCAAUGAUUAUUUAGUGACGCACGAGUACGGAAACACGGCAAGGGACGACUUGUGGAACUCAUUUUCACAGGCCUUGCAGAGGGAAGGGAAGGUCAUCGACAUAAAGGAGGUGAUGGACGGCUGGACUGUACAGAUGGGCUACCCCGUGGUCACCGUCAGCAAGAACGAGAGCCCGGAGAACACCGUCACCAUCAGCCAGGAGCACUUCCUCUACGACACGGACGCCAAGAUCCACCACCGUCAGCUUUUUAACAAAAGUUUCCAGUGGCAGAUCCCACUGAACCUGGCAUUGGGAAACUUCAGUCACAUGUCAUCAGAGUCUUUCAUCUGGAUCUCUAAUAAAACAGAGACGCACCGAGUGGGACGUAUAGGCGAGGAGACGUGGUUGCUGGGCAACAUCAAUCAGACGGGCUACUUCAGGGUGAACUACGACCUCCACAACUGGAGACUCCUGAUCCAGCAGCUGAUGAUCAACCCCACAAUCAUCUCUGUGGGGAAUCGUGCUGGUCUGAUGGAUGACUCCUUCAGCCUGGCCAGAGCCGGCUAUCUCCCUCAGAACCUCCCACUGCAGAUCAUCUGUUAUCUGUCCAAGGAGGACGAGUUCCUGCCCUGGCAUGCUGCGAGCAGAGCGCUGUACCAGCUGGACAAACUGCUGGACCGCACCGAGGACUACAGCCUCUUUAGUAGUUAUGUGUUGAAGCAGGUGGAACUGAAGUAUCAUAAGCUGGACUGGCCAAAGGUGAAAGCGGGCGAAUCCUUCAAGCAGGCCACCUAUCAUACCGAUGAGCUCCAGAGGGAGGUGAUCAUGUUGGCCUGCAGUUUUGGGAAUAAACACUGUCACCGUCAGGCCAUGUCACUCGUCUCUGAGUGGAUCUCCAGCAACAAGAACAGGAUUCCCCCCAGCAUCCGUGACGUGGUGUACUGCACGGGCGUGUCUCUGAUGGACGAGGACGUGUGGGACUUCAUGUGGAUGAAGUUUCAGUCCUCCAGCGCCGUCUCGGAGAAGAAGGUCCUGCUUGAGGCCCUGACCUGCAGCGACAACACCUUCCUGCUCCACAGACUGCUGAACGCGUCUCUAAACUCGGACCUGGUGCCGGAUCAAGACGUGAUCGACGUCAUCGUCCACGUCGGCCGCAACCCACACGCACGCCAUUUAGCCUGGAGAUAUUUCAGGGAGAAGUGGGACGAGCUGAACUCCAGGUUCGGCGAGGCUUUAUUUCUAAACUCCAAAUUAAUCAGCGGAGUGACGGAGUUCCUCAACACGCAGAGAGAACUCGAUGAGCUGAAGGACUUCCUCCAGACGAGCGCCGCCGGAGCUUCCGCGUCUGCGUUCUCCCGAGCGCUGGAGGUCGUCCGGGCCAACGUGAAAUGGCACCAGCUUUACAGAGAGCGCUUCUUCCAGUGGCUGAGGAAAUCCAGCGACGGAUAAAGAUCCAGCUGCCGCCGACGUCUCGGCGUGGAGCCUCCGUCACACGUUUAUCCUUCACCCAUUAACCAGGAGAGCGGAGAAGAGCAACGAGAGCAGACGCCAUCUUACACCCCGAACAUCUGGAAACACGGUGCCUUCUGUUUCCUUCCUAGAAGGAGGAGGAGGAAGUGGACAGGACUUGCAUGAUGCACUUUGUAUACACAUAUAUAUAUAUAUAUAUAUAUAUAUAUAUAUGUGUGUGUGUGUGUGUGUGUGUAUGUGUGUGUGAGAGAGAGAGAGAGAGAGAUAAUGAGUAUGUAUGUGUAUGUGUGUGUAACUGCAAGUGGAAUCACUGAUCAAUGUUGCAUGAUGCGCUUUGUGUGUGUGUGUGUAUGCGUGUGUGUGUAUAUGUGUGUGUGUAUGUGUGUGUAUGUGUGUGUGUAUGUAUGUAUGUGUAUGCGUAUGUGUGUGUAAGCUUUUAUUCAUUUAUAUGUGCAAGUGUGUGAUUUUGUGUUUGUGUGUAUGCGUGUGUGUGUGCAUGCGUGUGUGUGUGUGUGUGUGUAUGUAUGUGUAUGCGUGUAUGCGUGUGUAUGCGUGUGUGUGUGUAUGUGUGUGUAUGUGUGUGUAUGUGUGUGUAUGUGUGUGUAUGUGUGUGUAUGUGUGUGUGUGUGUGUGUGUGUGUAUGUAUGUGUAUGCGUGUAUGUGUAUGUGUGUGUAUGUGUGUGUAUGUGUGUGUAUGUGUGUAUGUGUGUGUAUGUGUGUGUAUGUGUGUGUAUGUGUGUGUAUGUGUGUGUGUGUGUGUGUGUGUGUGUGUGUGUGUGUGUAUGUAUGUAUGUGUGUGUAUGUA